AUGGAACUCCUCGGAUUACCCUUCGAAUUGAUCCUGGAGGUUUGGGACUCUCUGGAGAGUCUAUCCGACAAAGAUGUAUUCACUCGAACUUGCCGACAUCUCUAUGAUAACUUCAACCACCGCCUCUAUCGCCAAGCCGUGACACAAGGACGUCGGGAGGGUGUCAGUCGGGCCGUCCGCCUGUGCGGAGGAUCCACCUUGACGAAGAUGCUGGAUGCCGGCCUUGACCCGAAUGAUCCGUUCUGGGGCGAAGAGCCCCUAAUAAUAAGAGCAGUUGAAGCGGGCCUCACGGAAAAUGUGAGAGUACUUAUCGAUGCUGGGGCGAAUGUCAACGCUACAGAACGGUUCGGCAACUCUGCUGCAUCUUCGGCAGUUUUCACUGGACAUGCAGAGACGCUCUGUCUUCUAUUUGAAAAGGGGGCAUCGAUAGACUUUCGAGUCUACGAAGAACCGCCGCUUUUAGCAGCCGUUCAAUACCGACAUGAGAAUAUCGUCGAGAUUCUACUGGCAAACAACGCCGAUAUCGAAGAGCCAGGGACCGAGGAUGCAGAGAACGGAACCCCCUUAGCAUGGGCCGCACAACUUUCCGAACAAGCGAUCUUUCACCGGCUCCUACGAGCUGGGGCGAAAAGAAGUUUUGCUACUCGGGCUAAUGAGACCCUCCUGCAUUGGGCGGUCCAGGGUGGAAAUGAAGGCAUCGUGUCGACUUUACUGGACGAGGGCGCUGAUCCUCACGCAUUGGAUAGAGCGGGACAUUCGCCAUUGUCAUGGGCAUGCCGGACCCGCAGAUCUUCUCGUAAUCCAGAAGUCGUCAAACUUCUUUUACAGCAGAAUGUUAAUCUAGAGAAUAGAAGCAUUGCACUUGGCGACACGCCGUUGUCGUUUGCUGCACACAUUGGCUUUACCGAGGCAGUUCGCCUUCUGCUGGAAAGGAAGGCGGACCCAUGUACACAGAACGCGUGGGGUCAAACGCCUCUUCAUCGUGCUGUUAAAAAGGGAUAUGCGGACACUGUUCUUGCGUUACUGGAGCAUGAGAAACACGAUAAAAUCGGCCCGAGCUGCGAGUUGGUCGAUGUUCCCGACAGAAAGGGUCGAACCUCCCUAUUCAUUGCAACUAAUUACGGCCUGGAAGAGAUUGUGAGAUUGAUACUACACCACGGGAGCUCUGCGAAAGAAAUCCCAACCUGUGCAGGUCGCACCCCAUUAUCAAUUGCCGAAACAAAUAUGAAAUCCGAACACGGCGCAAAAUGCGAGAGUCUACAACGUAUAUGGAAUCUACUGCAGCAGGAAUCUGUUGGACCAGUUGAUCGGGAAAAAAUCACGUCAAGAGCGGCGGAAUGGGAAGAUUUUGAGGCAGCAUGCGAUGCGUGCGAUGAGCCUAUUUCACCUUAUGAUAUGCACUACCAUUGCAAUAUCUGCGACGGAAAUAACUUCGAUAUCUGUCAAGAAUGUGUUGCCAGUGGUGGGACCUGUUACGAUCGAACCCACACAUGGCAGAAAACCAUGAUAGUGAAUGGCAGCUGGAAAGAGAUUUCCGAUUCUCUUGAUCAGGAUUCAAUCACGGAAGAAUUGGCUAAUAUGCAUGUAUAA